AUGCGCUCUGACGCACAGAACAAGUGUACAUUGGCAGGUCUGACCUUUGAGCAGCUCGCGGCAGUUUUCCUGAUGAGAGCGGGAAUGGAGAAAUCGAAUAAUUUUCGAAUCGAUGCUCUGCUGGCCGACGAGACUCACCGGGGGAACCGAGACCUCUCCCCAGGUCUGAGCAACGACAGCCCCGCGGGCAGCCCCGUGUCCUGUCGGCGAGCGGACACCCCGUCCCCGCGCGGGACGCCCAUCCAUCUUCAAACCGGGAUAAUCCCCAAACCGGGACUGCUGAACCUCCCUCACACAGGACUCGCCUCGCUACCCCAAAUGUACCCGGCCCCUAUGUACCCAUUAUCGGCUUUGGGUGGCCAGCACCCUGCCUUCGCCUACUCCGGCUUCACUCACCUAACCCAGCCGUACCCAGACCACCUGAAGGCGGCUGCCAUGGCAGGGUCUCUCCCGCUGGAACACUGGAUCCGGGCUGGAAUGAUGAUACCACGUCUUCCAGACUACAGUUGUAAGUAUUAUACACCUGUGGGCUAGGUAGCACACUCAAUAGGCUGUACUCUUUUACAAAUAUAUCAACAAACGAAACAUCUUUAAAAGACAGGCAUUAUGCGCUAGGCCUAUAUAGUUUCUUUUAAAAUCUGGGGUUAUAAAUGGAGUUUAACUGUCUGUUGGAGAUGUGUUUUUGUGCUUGCUCAGAACACAUAGGCAAUAUAAUUAAUAUAGCCAAGCAGAUGCAAAACUAAGCCUAAUUGCUGUAAUCUAUUAUGUUUUUCAAAUAGGUGUGGCGGGUAUCACGCAGAAAUUAAUUUACCCCCAGAUACCGGAGGUUUAUUGGUAGGGAAGGGAUCGUUUGAUCACUUAACAACCACUUCCAAAGCAUUGAACCCAACCGCCUAGAGGUGUCAUAAAAUCACUUAUUGUUCCUCAUUGCAUGUAAUCCAAAGGUGAGGGAAAGCAAAUACAGGUACACACACACACACACACACACACACACACACACACACACACACACACACACACACACACACACACACACACACACACACACACACACACGUUAUAACCAUAAUCAAAUAUAUGUUCUAAGGUUAGGCUAAAUGUUGCAAUCAACGUUAGCAAGGUGUGCAUAACUUAAACGUAUUUGAUACCAGUAUUGAUAACAAAACUCACUGUAUUAUAAUAUCUCUCAUAACACAUUUUACAAAAUAAUAAUAAAAAUAAUCUGAAGAAUAACAACAACAACAACAAUAGUAAUAACAAUAAUCAUACAUUUCAAUUUGUAAAUAAUGAAUACAUCUAAUAAGUAGGUUAUUGGUUAAUAAUACUUGUUAUUAUAUAUUUAUUAUAAUAAUAUAGUAUUACUAAUUGUAUUAAUAUUAUUUCUAACUAUUGCUAAACAUUUUACCAAUCAGGCAAGAUCUGUUUCAAACCAUUUAUAUUUCAAUUUAAGAGCAAGCACAAUAGGGCUAUAUACAAUGUAUUAUCAUAGAAUUUUUAUAUUUUUAUGUGCAUUAUAUCAUGCUAUAGGCUUAUAUUAAUCUACUUUUAGAGCAAUAUUUAAACACAUAUUUUUAACUGCUUUGUGAACAAAUAAUAGUGCAAAUUCAACCUCUAUGAUAGACAGGUUUUGUUAUUUGUUCAGUCAUUAAUACACAAUGUCUGAAAAAUAUAGGCUACUUUAAAUAUGAUCUAGAAGUAUAGGCCGAAAUAUUCUUUAAGUGUAGCCUCAUGAAAAGUCUUCGAUCGAUUUACUGCUAAUUGUAAUAUCAUGUUUUAAUUUUUGGCCUUUUCAUUUCGCUAUAAACGUCAACUCGAUGAAAAUUGUCUUUGUACUGAGGAGCAAACUAUAAACAAACACCUAAAACAUUCUGUUAGUUCGUCAAUAAAAUCACAAAAGCUUCAUCGAAUUUUCAUUAAGUUAAUGGUGCUCGCGCUUUUUAUGGCCCUCGCGCCCAGCUUCUGCCGUGUCCUCUCGUCAACAAUAAACUGGAGUAAAGCUAUUAUAGUUAAUGGUGGCGAGAGAGUGCGGGCAUGUGUGUGUGUGUGUUCCUCCCACAACGUUAUAUUGGACUUCCUAUGUCCUUGGUAUUGCAUAAAUGAGACCAUUGAAACAGUCUGAGAUUAAAUCUACUCACUUUGUCCUAUAGCUUGAAUUUACCAGAAUACAGGCCUAGUAGCCUACACACCUCAUUAUAUUUGGGAUGAAUAUAGUUGGGGGAAAUUAAGUUAUUGAUUAGGCCAGAGUCAUUGACACUUUUUAAGGGGACAUUGUACUGUCACUGAAGAAGAUUGUACUGGAAGAAAGGAGAGCUGAGACCGGAGCUCUCGGUGGCAGCGAUUCUGUCUCGAGAGGAGCUGAGCAGAGCGAGCUCUCUCAAGGUCUCUGCGCUGGCUCUCGCUCAGAUCUCUCUACUCUCUCUCUCAUUCUCUCUCUCUCUCCUCUCUCUCUCUCUCUCUCUCUCUCUCUCUCUCACAGCACCCCAGGCAGGACUCCUGGGGAAGUGUCGUAGGCCCCGGACAGCUUUCACCAGUCAGCAGCUCCUUGAACUGGAGAACCAAUUUAAACUCAACAAGUACCUGUCCAGACCCAAACGCUUUGAGGUGGCCACCUCUCUCAUGCUGACCGAAACACAGGUGAGAGAGAAAAAGGUGUCAUUCUGUGUGAGUGUGUGUCUGUGUGCGCGUGUCUACAUGUGUAUGUGUGUGGAUUCCCACCUGGUAGGCUAUUCCAGCACUGGCCUUUUACCCUAUGUGCCUCUGUGAAGAAUCUGUACAAAUGAUCCCUGGUGUGUUUGUCCCUGAGAUAAACUGUCCGCUAUGGCAUGCUCCAUUAGUCACUGGAGAGUAAUGUAAAGUUAGACAGCAGCAAUCAGACCACUAGUUCCUUAUUUAGCUAAUAUAUUACAGCUCUCUUGUUUCACCUGCCUCGUCUAGUCCCAAAUACCACCUCAUUAAUGAAGCUGUUGACAUGUUGAUUUAAAAGAUCAACUCCUCUGUGUUCGAACCUAAUCAGCACAUUUUUGAAUUACUUCUUCAGAUAAAUCCCUCUGCUUGGCGAGUAACAGUUGUUUUGGACAUUUCAGCCCAGUUUAGUAGAAAGAAAAUGGCAGCCCAAAUGUACUAAGCUGAGUGUGGGGAUAGAGAGAGAGAGACUGCUGGUGAGAGACCUCUACUCCUGCCUUAGUGUGUGGCUGACAGGCGUGCAUUCUGUCUCUCCACAGGUGAAGAUCUGGUUCCAGAACCGGAGGAUGAAGUGGAAACGCAGCCGCAAGGCCAAGGAGCAGGCAUCUGUGUCUGCCCAGUCUGAGGCGGAGCGACUACGCACCGGGGGAAAACCCACCAAUGGCAAAUCAGCUGAGAAUAGGCGAGCUUCCACUCAGGACAACGAGGGAGAGCUAGACCUAGAAGAAGCAGAGGAGGAAGAGGAAGAGGAAGAGGAGGAGUUUGCUGUUACCAUGGGUGGCACCGUGGGGUUGCAGCGUUCAACAGACUUUCUGAAGCUCACAGCGGAGCUUGGUUACAACCCCCACAGUCCCUUCUCUGAGGACGACUUAGAGGGGGCGCCAGGGGGGGACAGGAAGACAGGCGCAGGGUUGUGA